AUAUGAGCAUGGGAGUGGAGGGGGUAGAGGGAGAGAGAGAGAGAACGCCCUCUCACCAAACAAAAGACUGGGAUGGGGGACCCGCUGAGCAGAGAGGAGGGGAAACAGCUGGACACCAGGAAGAAGAGAAGUCUGAUUGGCCACAUGCCGGUCUCAGCCAGCUCCCCUGCCUGUACCCUGGCCCACAGACGGCCUUUCCACCAGCGUCCCCACUUCUCUGGAAGCUGCGAGGCUUGGUUCUGAAACAAGAGUGCACCCACGGGGACUGGACGCUGAGGUGAUUCAGCCCCAUCUUCACUUCUGCUGCCACCUCCUCCCAGGGCCCCCAUGAAACUCCCGGCUUUCCUGAGACUGCUGGGUCUGGUGCUGCUGGGGGCAGGGACAGCUUCUCUCCCCAAGGAGAGGAAGCGGAGAGAUCAGACGCUCGGGGAAGGCGAUUCUUACGCAGUCCUGGGCAACUAUGACCUGGGCCCAGACAACUACGAUGAGGUCAUUGACCUGAGCGACUAUGAGGGGCUCAUGGACUAUGGGGACCAGCUCCCCGAGGUCAUAGUGACCAGCCUGGUUCCUCCAACCAGGACUGGUUCCACACAGAGCACAGCGACCCCGAGGACACGCUCUUCAAAGCCCGCGAUGAGCCGGCCUACGACGCUGGGCGUCCUGGACUCGCCAAGCAACCACGGCCUGCCCACAUGUCUGGUCUGCGUGUGCCUUGGUUCCUCCGUGUACUGUGACGAUACUGACCUGGAGAACAUCCCUCCUCUUCCCAAGACAACUGCUUACCUGUACGCCCGCUUCAACCGCAUCCGCCGGAUCCGCGCCAGAGACUUCCAAGGGCUGACAAAACUGAAGAGGAUUGACCUUUCCAGCAAUUCCAUCUUCUCCAUUGAUGAUGAUGCUCUCCGGCUGCUGCCUGCCCUGCAGGAUCUGAUCCUCCCAGAGAACCAACUGGCAGCUCUGCCCAUGCUGCCCGCCAGCAUUGAGGUCCUGGACGUCCGCCUGAACCGGCUCCAGAGCUCGGGGAUACAGCCUGAAGCAUUCAGGGCGCUAGAGAAGCUGCAGUUCCUCUAUCUGGCUGACAACCUUCUGGACUCCAUCCCCGGGCCUCUGCCCCCGAGCCUGCGCUCGCUGCACUUGCAGAAUAACAUGAUAGAGACCAUGCAGAGCGAUGCCUUCUGUGACUCCGAAGAGCACAAACACAGCCGGAGGCAGCUGGAAGACAUCCGCCUGGACGGCAAUCCCAUCAACCUGGGCCUCUUCCCCAGCGCCUACUUCUGCCUGCCGCGGCUCCCCACCGGCCGCUGCUGCUAGCUCAGCUGCCCACGCUGGGGAGGGCCCUCACCACCUUCCACAGGCGCCCACCGCCUCCGCACAGUGGUCUUUCGCUCGGGCCGGAAUCGGCCUCCGGAUCCAGUUGCAAAACUCACCCCCACUCCCUUCCGCCACCUUCUACACGCUCGUGCACACACACACACGCACGCACACACGCAUGCACACACAGACACAGAGACACAUAGACACAUGCGUGCGUUAAUGUCCUUCAGUAGCCAGAUUUGCAUUUCUCAUCCUCUUUGCUUAACACCUUAUGGCUCCUGACUCAGAGAAGAGGAGCGUCUACAGCAAAGCUCAUUGCCAUAUUCCCCAUCCCCCUACGCACGCGGAAUGCCGGGAAGUCAUGGAAGAGGAAGAGGAGAAAAAGAAGGAGGAACCGGGAGAAGCAGUGGCGUGCUUUAGCCAGCUCUUACUACUAGGCUUGCUUGCAGAACUAAUUAUUACAUUUUCCAGAAUUUUGUAAGCCAGUCGUUAAACACAGCUUUUAUUAAAGAUUAAAUUAUAAGCUCGCAUUUAAAUAUAUUAGGUUGAAAAAAAUGUAAUA